AUGCCCCUCCCACCUGUUGGAACGAGACGGUACUUUGCGAUUAUCCAUUUGUUCGGUAACCCCAUCGAUUCAACCUGGUCGCUUCUGUGCGAAUUGGAGCUUUGGAAUAACUAUGCUGUUAUUGCUGAGUCUCUCUACAGCGAACGCAGUUUGGAGGAGCAAAAGAAAAAGGCGAAAUACAUCACGCCUAUUCUCGUUGCAAUGGACGACUUGAAACUGAUGUCUCGCACCACUUUCAAACCUGGAAAUUAUCCACAGAUCUGUCCGUGUCACUCGUCGGAGCUUGAUUCGCUGUUCUUCAGGACGGCUGGAAAGCUCAGCAAUUACAGAACUCAUGACACUCGACGAACCUGCUUUGCCAUUGCAGUAUACGUGGUUGGGGUGGUUGCAAAUUUUGUGAAGACCAUGGGAGGCUCUCCAAGUCGAUCCGGUGGUAAAAUAGCACCGGCGAUGUUACUUUCUUGGUUACUCCUCACCACGCUUAUUAGCAAUUUAAUCGGUCAAUUCAACUCACCUGAGAAUGUCAUUCGAAUUAUUGAGGAUUUCAGGAACGAACUUCGCCAGAUAAUGGGGAUGCGAGUGCACGAGAGCCAGUAUACAUUGCGAGGAAAGGUCGAGGGACCCGAGCCUGUCUUUGAAUUACGAGUAACGACAACGGAGCUCGACAGAAAACAAUGUUCUCACAUGGAAGUGGAAAACCAGCGGAUUCUGUGGGAGAACUUAGUCGUUGGUAAAAUCAACUGGGCAAAAGACCCAAAUUGGAUUGAAUACCUGGACGCACCGGCUCACGGUAUACCCAUUUACCAACCGAACAAACAACUUGGAAAUAACAUUCGUCUUUUCACCAUUGCAACAAUACCUGUAUUACUUUCUUUCAUAUCUGCUUUUACUGUUCUAUGGUCGCCUCCCACUUACCUCACAUGCCGACACUUCAUCGUCGUCGCGGCAUUUUUAGCAUGGCUUAUCAGCCCAUUUCUCACCAGGGCAUUUUUCCUCUCUAGGCGCCUAAGGAGAAAUGAUGAACUGGGCUGGCAUUUUGUUUUUCUCAAGGACUUUUCGAUCGCAGGACCAAUCAUUGCCCUUCUUAUAGCAUCUACGAGUGGCCUGUUCAGCAGUUGUUGGUGUUUAAGCGGUGUGUUCAUUCUCCGCAGUAAGGCGGAAAUCCAACUCAAUCCUGCAGGCGAUUUCAACAAGGCCAAUGGGAAAAUAUAUCCGGGGAUCGUAGCCGCGAACUUUCUGCUGCAACUGGUGGUCCUUGGGUGGAUAGUAAUGGGAGUUGGCCGGAAGCAGAUCUUAUCGACGCGAGUGAGUGAGAGUGAGACGCGUGAGGCGCUGAUUGCUGAGAUUUCUGUUCGAAAGAUGGGCCGUUAG